AUCGGAUGAACCGAUAGGGCCAAAGGCCUAUGUAUUUCCAUCUCUAGGGCACACAAAGAAUUUAUUUAUUUACCGCUGAAGAUAGCUAGUGCUAUUUUUUAACCGUCUAUUUGACUACGCUAUUUCUUGCAAAUAGUUUGAAAUUUAAAGAAGAUGGAGUCGGAGGGCAGCAGGAGCGAAGACAUUGGGCGUACUAAGACCGGGUCCAAUUUGAGUGAGGAGUCUCUCGGGAGCAGCACCUCGUCGUCGGUACUUAACUCGUGGACCAUUCUGCCAGUGGUUAAGGAGAAGGAUGACGGGCUGGAGGCGAAGACCGAAGAGGUGACGGAUUUAAGGCCGAGCAGUCGGGCGGAUAAGCAGAAAAACGAGAGCAGAUGCAACAGGCCUGCGGUCGAGGAUCCUCAGGCAGAUGAUAUUUCGGAUGGUAUUUCAAUAAUCAGCGAUUGCGAGAGUACCGAUCGCAUUUCACCCAAUCUAUUUCUGCGCGAACCCCUAUUGGGUGACUUAGGUUUCGGUGAUUUACCAACUAGUCCUGUGGAACUGAUUGCCCCUAUUAGCACUGGCCAGCAGCUAAAGGAAUAUCCGGAACGGGAGCCGGAGCCGCAACAGCAGGAUGCCAAGAGCGUGGUGCGCUCCAAACUGGAACUCCAGUUGCCACCGCUGGUGCAAAACGGCCUGACCGCCUUUUUCUAUGUGGCCUCCACUUUGGCCAUUCUGGCCUUUGUCGGCAAACUACGGCAUCCGGAAUGGCAGGUGCUCGGCGAGGAGAAGCCCCUGAUCGAACUGGAGCGCCGGGUGGGUGAGCUGGAGCUACAAAACAAUCUACUGCGCGCCGAAAUCGAUAUCAUGUCCAAGAAACUGCAAUAUCUCGCAUCUGGUCAGGAUGCAUCGAUGCAGCGACAGGGAGCUGGUCGUGCCAAGGGCAAGACCUUCAAGGCGUGGCCAGGAAAUGGUGAUUCGGUUCAGCCCGUGGACAUCACCAAGGCCGAUUUAAAGCAACCCUUUCAGUGUUCCGAUGGCCAGUUCGUUGAGAUCGCUGGCAUGUGCCUGGAGAACAAGCAACAUCUGGAUUCUCUAACAGAUGAGAUUGGAAAUGCCGUCAACGAUGUGCUACAGCAGUCUGGAGCCUUUCACAAGUUUGAAAAGGUCACCGAGAAGCUGGGCAACUUUGCUGGUGCCGAUGAUACCGAUGAUACCGUUGAUCCCAAAGGUUUUCACUCGAAGAAUAAUGAUGGUCCACAAACCGUGACUUCCCAUGGCCAGUCAUCGAAGCUGGCGGAUGGUUCGAAAGAGCGUUACAGGCCAAAGUAUAAGCAGGAAUACAACUCGAACGAGAGGAAACAGCGGCGUCAGAAUGAAGAGCACGAUCGACGCAACCGAAAAGAUGAUCACUCAAAGGAGCAUGGUAAGAAGAAAUACUACGAUCAGUCCUCCAAUAACCGGGGACGUUACAAUAAGAACUCCAAGAAAUGCAACGAGGAGCAAUCCAACGAGAAAUGCAAGGAACGCAAUCCUAAUGACGAUAACGAUAGCGGCAGUGGCGAGUGGCAUGAACGAAUGAUGCUACAGCGUGAAAACGCUCGCCACAAACACCAGAAGCGCAACAAUAACAACUGGUACAUUGAACGAGGAGAAAGUCGCGAACAGAUGCGUUCUGGAGAGACCCAACGCUAAAUGGAUUUCCUACAAUCUUAUAUAUAAUCUACGCAUCAAGACGAUGACCUUUGUCUUUAUCCCGAAGGGAAAAUGGGAUCGAAAUUUCACCACAGAGGUCACAUAUACAUAUAUACUUUAAUCCCAAGAUAUACUUAAGGACAACGUGUGCUAGUAAAGCGCACACAUGAAUUUGUGCUGGUUCCUAACUAUACAUGUGUGUUUGUAAUAUUUCGACGAUGCUUCUACAGAGUGUUUUUUUUUUUUAUCAAGACAACAAUUAAACAGGAAUCAAUGUUUUUUGAAACACACUGUAGAACCAGAGCUUAAUAAGCAUCAAGCGAUGCAAGUGCUUAAUAUUUAUUUAUUUUUAUCUACAACUGAAGUUUUUGGCUGCGUUAAAGCUAGCAUUAUCCUUGUAAUCCCGAUUUCGCAAUGUAUGUACAUAUACAGAUUCAAUAGUCAGUGUUUAAUACUAGUGUAUCGCAUUUUUAAUGGAAAUAUCGUACAUAUCGCCCACAUUUAACUGAAAUGGAUUAAUAUUAAAAUGAAAAUGAGUAUAAGGACUCAUAUUAAAAUCGAAAUUAAAUGUAAAUGCCACUUAAGUUAAAUGUGAGCGAUGUCUUUGUAUAAUAUCGGUUCCUCUUAAUGAAGGGUGUUAUUCUUUUACAAAGUUCCAGCUCAACCUAAGAGACAGACCCAUCCAAGUCCGUCAAUAAAGCAAAAUCAAUUUCCUUUCAACGAGUUUAUCAAUAAUCCUUUUGAAACAUUAGAUUUCGCUACAAAUUAUGUAUUGAUAUAUACAUAAAUAUAUAUAUAUUUGUGAUACCUAUACUAAUAUUUUUUUUUAGUCUAGAAAAAUAAAUUAUUGUACCAUAUUAGGAAUUCCUGGAAAGCCAAUUCAAAAAAAAA